GUCUAUAUCACGUGAGCCGCACCUUCGUUAUAUCCUGCUGUUCCCAAUACAGUUUUAUACCGGCCGGUCUCAAGCCUUCUACUGUGCACCUCAUAUCAAAUGGACGCAAAAAGGAAAGCAGGUGACAACUUAAGUGUAGCUGUGGUUGAGAGUUUUAUCGAGGACAAGGGCGACAAAAUUCACCGAGAAACAUGGACUACAAAGUUAGACUUUAUCAUCUCCUGUGUUGGGACAUCAGUAGGACUCGGUAACCUGUGGCGGUUUCCGUACCUCUGUUACAAAAAUGGAGGAGGUGCUUUCCUCGUACCAUUUCUAACGUUCGUCGUGAUGGGAGGUGUUCCGAUGUUCAUACUGGAGCUAGGACUGGGACAGUAUAUGAGUUUGUCUGGCUUUAAAGCGUGGGGAAUUUGUCCCGUAUUCCAAGGAAUAGGAUUAGCAAAUUUCGUUACGAUUUUCCUUACCAACAUCUACUACAUCAUGGUUCUAGCUUGGGCUGGCUACUACUUCGUGUUAAGUUUAACAUCUGUACUGCCUUGGUCUAACUGCAACAACGAUUGGAACACGCACAGAUGUGCUUCUUUUGACACAGACCACAACACAACCAACUCUACCAAUCAAUCUCUGUUGAACCAAAAUGUUACUUCUGGGAACGAUGUUGAUCCAGCUGUGGAAUUUUGGGAACGAGGGGUUCUACAGUUGACCAAUGACAUCACAGAUGGAGGCGGUAUCGUCUGGCAGCUAGCCCUAUCCUUACUGGUUUUAUGGGUAAUUGUCUACUUCUGCCUGUGGAAAGGCGUCAAAUGGACGGGCAAGGUUGUAUACUUCACGGCCAUCUUCCCUUACAUCAUACUGAGUGUGUUGUUGGUGCGCGGAUUGACACUAGAUGGCGCCAGAGAGGGUAUAGUGUACUACCUUAAACCAGACUUGUCACGACUUACUGAUGUACAGGUGUGGAUGGACGGUGGAACACAAGUUUUUUUUUCUUACGCCAUCGCUGCCAACCAAGUAAUUACCCUUGGAAGUUACAAUAAAUUCACAAACAAUUUUUACAGGGACGCUAUCCUGGUAUCGUGUAUCAACAGUGGUACAAGUCUGAUAGGGGGAUUCGCCGUGUUUUCCGUACUCGGUUUCAUGGCCAAACAGCACAAUCUUCCAAUAGCAGAUGUUGCCAACGCAGGCCCCGGUCUCGCUUUUAUUACAUACCCUAAUGCCGUCACACAGAUGCCGAUCUCUCCGCUAUGGGCGACACUUUUCUUUUUGAUGAUUGUUCUACUGGGGCUUGACAGUCAUUUUGUUGGAGUUGAAGCUGUCAUCUCGUCAAUCAUGGAUUAUUUUCCGAACAUGAGACGAAAGAAUCGCCGGAUGGUGCUAGUGGGGGCCUAUUGUCUCCUGUCCUUCCUUCUCGGCCUUUCCCUAGUAUCAAGGGGUGGGAUGUACAUCUUCCAGCUAUUUGAUUACUACGCCGCCAGUGGAAUGGUACUGUUAUGGUCUGUCUUCUGGGAGUUGGUGGCGAUUGCCUGGAUAUUCGGUGCUGACCAGUUUUACGACGCUAUUGAGAUGAUGAUAGGAUCACGGAUCAACCCUUACCUACAUUUCUGCUGGAAGUAUCUGUCACCGGUUUUGUGUAUGGGUCUGCUGUUGGCACAGUUGAUCAUGUUCCGGCCCCUGAAGUAUAACAAAACCUAUGAGUACCCUGACUGGGCCCAGGCAUUCGGCGUCAUGUUGGCUCUGUCGUCCAUGUUGUGUAUUCCAGUCUUCGCUUUAUUCAAGAUGGCUACUUCACAGGGAUCGCUGAUUCAAAGAUGGCGACACGUGACCACCCCGGUAUUACAGAAACAUCAGAUCCACUACAUGUGGGGAGUUGACACAGCUAGACAUGAUUCACGCAAUUUCUAGAAUAUCUAGUAGUCUUCAUAAUUGUAACGGCGUGACAUGACAAAGUAUUCACUAAAGGUCAUCAUAAGAUUUUAGAAUUGUUAUAAGUAUUGGACACGAUUGCGGAGAGUUAACAAUUAGCGACGAAAGAAGGUAAUUUUCACAAAAAUUUACUUUAACGCAGAAAUAUAAUUUAAUAUUGGAGAAAUUCAUGUACCUAUCACUUCCUGAGAGAAUAACAUUUAUUAAUCGCCCCCGUAAUUUACCGUUAGAGGCAUUUUGCAAAAUCUGACCUCAGUCUAGAUGUGGGAAAAUUACCCGGAAUAUUCAUCCUCGUUAACGGCCUUCUCAUCUCGCCUCUGAUCAGAAACUGUGAAUAUACAAUAACAAUGAUGUAGGAGCUUUUGGCAUACAAUCAUAUGAGUUGUAAGGUGUGUGUAAAAUACUACUGUGUUGAACGAGUACAGUGAAAAAGGUUAGGACAAUAAUCAUCAUGUAGGUUUCCCAUUUUUAGGCAUUGGUAUUUUAAAAACGAAAAUAAUACUAACUGCGUGCCCUUUAAAACAUCCGCAGAUCAUUACAUCUUAGCGAGGCAUGCACCGUUUUAUCCAAAUAUUUACAACGGAAAAAAGUUCCUAUAAUAACGGGUUCCAUCCAAGGCAACUGAAAGUUCUCUUUUUCUACAACCGUUCCCUGCAAUUUUCCUCUCGUAUCGCAAUUAUUUUCUUCGCUUCUCGCCUUAUAAAAAUGUGUGUCAGAGGCAGAAGAAACCUCAAAGCCCUUUUAGAUCCUGGGGCUUACCUAUUUUCAUAGAGUUUUUUUCCAAUAACAUACCUCUUCUCCUCGUCUUCACCGGCCCCUCAAACGUUCUGUAGGACCAUGCUUCCACAAUGGGUUAUCUGCCCCUCAGGCGUAUGUUUUAUGCACAGCCUCUCUCUUCAGUUAUCUUUGUCACUGGCCAUGGUCCAAUAUUUGAUCUGGCAACACUCAAAGUAGUUGUCUUGCUCUUUUCACGCAAUGUUCUGACGAUUUAUCUAUUAUCUACUUAAUAUUUCGCCUUUUUGAGCCAUCUUAAAUAGCCUGAUUACAAAAGAGACGACAGCAUAAUCACGUGACUCACGAACAUGUCACACGUGCCAUUCAUAAACUUUGAAAUUAGUCGGUAGUUUUGUACAAUUUGAACAACAUUAUUAA